AUGAUGAAAAUAAACCUUUCCUUGCUGAAGCAACAACACGUUAUGAGAAGUACGAACCAAAUUAUUGUCAUCCACACUCUUCAUCGGAAUCAAAAUGGUGGAAAGAGAGAAUUAAACACAACAACAUCCUUUAAGAUAAAUCCAAAUUUGAAUAGAAGCAGUCAUCUCAUGACCCUCCACACCUGCAAUAUUAAUUCCGAUACAAGUAUGAUGAAUCAUCAUCGAUCAUUUUCAAAUUGUUCUAGCCGUAAUUUUAGUCAGAAUUUAUCUUGCAAAAGAAAUAAUGUUGUUAUAGAUUCAUUUAGAAGCAUUUGUAAAGAAUUUGAAAUUCCGCUGCCUUUAGAAAACUCAAAUUUAUUGAAGGCUGUCCUUCAGACAGAUGGUGCUGCAUCAGAAGCACACAGAUUGAAUUUUAUUGGAAGGAAUGUUACGUCACUGUGUAUUGCUGAUUAUCUAUUUUCUCACUUUCCUAACUUGAGUCAUGAUCAUCUGACACUCGCAACACAAGAAUUUUUGAAGAAGAGAACAAUUGUAGAGGUUGCGAAAGGUAUCAAGUUGGAUAAUUUAUUGAAGGGAAACUUUUCGAAUAUUGACUUUGCAGCAAUAGAUCCAGAAUUAGAGGGAGACGAAGAACGAAAAGGAGACUUGAAUAUUGAAAGAAAUAACUUGGAUUCUCUAUUGGUAUUUACAGUUUUUAGAAUUGUUGCUGCAAUAUUCGAUCAAUGUGGACUUUUGGAAGCAAGAAAAUUCGUUGUGAAGCAUAUUGUGUCAAAGAGUGUGGAUAUUACUGGCAUGUUGCAUUCAUUCGAUCCCAGACUUCAACUCACCCAAAUGGUACAAACAGGUGAAAUGCAUGACCAUGCCCAUAAAACUCUCCAAUUUAAGGAAGUUGGAAAGGACGAAAAGAAAUUUAUCACCGUUCAUGUUUUGGCUGAUGGUGAAGUGAUUGGUGAGGGUGUAGGACAAACAAAAAAGAUUGCAGAACAAAAAGCGGCACAAGACGCUCUCAACAAAUGGUUUGCUCAUUAUCAUGGAGCUCCAACACCUCUCCAAAAGUUUAAGAUUUAA